AUGGACGCCUGGGAUAACACUGCCAUGGGCGAGGCGCUCCAGGAGGUGUCUACCAACCAGCAGAGCAACAUAAAUGCCGAAGCUGCCGCUCUCGCGAGAGAGAAGGGCUGGAACGCUCCCGAGAAGUAUGAUUACUCCAAGUACAUCAUCGGGGCUCCCAAGCCUGGCGAGGGCCCAGAGCCGGGUCAGUUGCCGGAGUGGGCGGCCAGCGCUGCUAAAUACGAGUGGUCUGAUGAGUACGGUGACGUGGGACCCGCUAAUGAGGAGCUGGAGGAGAUGCUCUUUCGUAACGAGUACAUCAAUCGUGCUGGCAUGAAGCUGGCAACCCUCCAGAACAUUGAGGUUAUUGCCGAGAGUAGAGAACGUCCUAACCCAGUCAAGAAUUUCGACGACGCUGGCCUUCACCCCGUCAUGCUCCAGAAUAUCCGUCUCUGUCAUUACUUGGUCCCUACUCCUAUUCAGGCUUAUGGAAUCCCUGCGGUUCUCACUGGCCAUGACCUUAUUGCCAUUGCUCAGACCGGUUCCGGUAAAACUGCCGCCUUUCUCAUCCCUGUGCUUUCUCAGCUCAUGGGGAAGGCAAAGAAACUGGCUGCUCCUCGCCCCAACCUGGUGAAUGGUUACAACCCGGAGACUGAUGCUGUCCGUGCCGAGCCCCUUGUGCUCAUCGUAGCGCCCACCCGCGAGUUGGCUACCCAAAUCUUUGAUGAGGCUCGUCGCUUGUGCUAUCGCUCUAUGCUUCGUCCUUGCGUUGUGUAUGGUGGCGGUCCCGUGCGCGAGCAGCACCAGGAACUCAUGAAGGGAUGUGAUAUUCUCAUUGGUACCCCUGGAAGACUCCUUGACUUCAUGUCAAAGGGCCACAUCCUCUCAUUGCAGCGUGUCAGAUUCACCAUCAUUGAUGAGGCCGAUGAGCUUCUUCAGGAUGACUGGCAGGAGGACUUCAACAGGCUCAUGUCGGGUGGAGAUAUCAACGAGGAUGCCGACCACCGUUACCUGAUGUUUUCUGCCACCUUCAACAAGCAGUGCCGUGAGCUUGCUCGCAAGUUCCUUGCGGAUGACCACGUCCGUGUUCGUAUCGGUCGUCCUGGGAGCGCUCAUGUCAACGUCGAUCAGAGCAUUAUCUUUUGCGAGAACCACCUCAAGAGAAAGUGUCUUUACGAUCUCAUCCUCUCCAUGCCCCCUUCCCGCACCCUUGUUUUUGUCAACACCAAGCAGGAGGCGGAUUGGCUCGAUGACUAUCUCUUUAACAUGGGAUUACCGUCCACUUCGAUCCACUCUGGUCGUAACCAGCGUGAGCGUGAGGAUGCUCUUCGCGCUUUCCGUACUGCUAGAUGCCCUGUUCUUGUUGCCACUGGCGUUUCUGCUCGUGGUCUCGACAUCAAGAACGUUAUGCAUGUGGUCAACUAUGAACUUCCACGCGCCCACCAUGGCGGUAUCAUUGAAUACAUUCAUCGUAUUGGUCGUACUGCGAGAAUCGGUAACGAAGGUCUUGCAACUUCCUUUUACAACGAUGAUGAUGCCGAACUCGCCCCGGAACUUGUGAAGAUUCUCAUCGAGUGUCAGCAGCCUGUCCCCGAUUUUCUCCAGGGAUUCAUGCCUGAGGACAACAAGGUGGCUUUUGAUGAUGACACCGACGACGAGAACGAAGUCGGAGAUCAGGAUAAUGGUAACGCUGGUGAUGAUGCUGGUGCUGGAUGGGGAGCUGAGCCUACUAUCCACGAAACCGCCGAUAACACUGCUGUUGCUGGAUGGGGGACCGAUGCUGGCACCAAUACUGACAACAAUGUCGGUAAAUGGGGAGCUGGCGCCGGAAACAAUGCCAACAACAACACCGGUACUGGAUGGGGAGCUGAUGCUGGCACCGGCACCGGCAACAGCACCAACAACAACACUGGCUGGGGCAAUCAGUCUGGUGGGUGUGAUACUCCUGCCAACAACAGAGCACCCUCUCCGGUUCCUGGCUGGGAGUGA